AUGUCUCCCGCUCCCUCAGGCUCUCUUUUCUCCAGGGUUCCAGUAGUGCACAGCCCCGUGUACACAAAGCCUCUGAUGGCAUGUCUGCCAGAGAGGUGUGGAGCGGAGCUGGAUGGAGAGCCGCUGCUCUUUAUGGCGCUGCCAGGCUCCGACACUCUUUACCGUCCUGCCAAAAUUCUCCUGCUGAAGACUCACCAGCCUUCCCUUAUCCUUCCCCUCCCUCCGCCGCCUCAGCUCCAUCUGUUGCACUGGAAUGGACUUCUUCUUCCUCUUCUUCUUCUUCUUCUUUGGUGCAUAUUUUCCGCCAUCUUGUUCCCUCCGCAGGCUCAAGGCUGCACCAGAGGCAGAUGUCACCAAAGUCCCCCAAAAGUGCGAAGAACACGAAACAACAACCUCUGUCACCUUCUCGGGAUAAUCCCCGCCUGA